AUAUGAUUUUGUGAAGCCUGGCUAGUAACCAUAUCAAGCCUCAGAGCUAAUCAACGAAGGUGGCAUUAGCAUGGCCUCACUCCAUUCUUUAACAUUAUUUUUUAUUAUUUUAUCAUGUCAAAGUGAAUUACACAGCGCUCUCAAAAUUCUCGGAAUCUUUCCCCUGACGUCGAGCAGUCAUUUUCUCAUGUAUGGAGGCCUGAUGAAGGAGCUAGCGAGACGUGGACACAAAGUUGAUGUCAUAGGAAUGUUCCCCCAGAAGAAGCCGAUACCCAAUUAUAAGGAUAUCAACAUCAAGGCUCAUGGACCGUUCUUCCUUGCCAAUAAUAUGACUUAUAACGAAGCCUUGGAAUUCAGAGGAUUAUGUGUCGAGCACCUGUUGAGAAUUUGCGGGACUGAUGCUUGUGAGUCGCUCAACAAUCCCAAUGUGCAGAAGGUCUUGAAAGCUAAGAAGGGAGCGUACGACGUGAUAAUUGUCGAGCUAGGCUUCGCGGAUUGCUACAUCGCCAUUGGACAGCAUUUGAACGCACCUGUUGUGGGAAUAAUUUCUCUAACAGCAGUGGAUUGGCUGCUGAACCCCUUUGGAAAUUCUAUGAACCCCUCUUACAUACCGAGUACUUUUGCACACAGCAGUCAAUACAUGACAUUUUGGGAACGACUGAGUAACACACUCAUUACUCAUAUGGUUGAAUCACAAAUAAGAUAUCACAUGGACAGACAGUUGGAGUACGUGGAGAAGCAUUUUGGAAGACGAUUGGGAACCAUGAAGGAGCUGUAUGAUGAGGUAUCGCUGGUGCUCAUUAAUGAGCAUUUUAGCGUCAACGAUAUCCGGCCCACGACACCUGAUUUUAUUCAAGUUGGGGGAUUGCAUGUAGCGAAUGGUGAUCAACAGUUGUCACCUGACUUGCAAAAAUGGUUGGAUGAGAGUACCCACGGUUGCGUCUACUUCACAUUCGGAUCGAUGGUGCACUUUGAAACUUCCCCGGAGAAAUUAGUCAGGGCGUUUUACGAAAUGUUUGAACGAAUAGCACCGGUCAGAGCUCUUAUCAAGGUACGUUAUCCUGAGACUCUUCUGCCUGGUUUACCUAAGAAUGUGAAGUCAGCACCCUGGAUGCCGCAAGUAGCUAUAUUACAACACCCGAACGUUAAAUUAUUCAUCACUCACGGGGGAUUAAUGGGAACGCAAGAGGCUAUUGUGUAUAAAGUUCCUAUGGUUGGCAUUCCUUUCUUUGUUGAUCAACCAAAGAAUCUGGCAUCCUAUGUAAGCAAGAAAAUUGCCAUUUGUCUAGACCUCGAUAAUAUCACUGGCGAUAUACUGACAAAUGCUGUGAAGACUGUGCUCAACGAUCCCAGUUAUAAGAAAAAUGUGGAGAAACUGUCUGAACUAUUCUUAGAUCGACCGAUGAGCGCUAUGGACACCGCUGUCUAUUGGGUAGAAUACGUAGCUAGACACCGCCCAAUCCUGAAAUCACCGGCACUUAAACUGACCUGGUGGCAAUUACACCUAUUGGACAUUUAUGGAUUUCUCACUAUAUGUCUUAUCAUUGUUCUCUACAUUAUCCGGAAGAUUAUUAUGUUAUUGAUGAGGAUGAUAUUACCAGGAAAAAAUCCAAAAGAAAUUUCCACUUCGAAAAAGCAUGAAUAAUUUAAAUACGUACUGCGACACUGUUUCAUUUCAAUUAUUAUCAUUUUAGAUCAUUGAAAUUGUACAGAACUGCCAUCGAUGUUUAAUUGUACGUUUUUUGGCUUGAUAAAAUUUUAAUAUUCUGUA